AUGAGAACCAAUGCAGAAAAUGGAGAACUUAAAUUUACUCAAAAUCCCAAAAUCUCAACUUUUUUUGAUGAUAAACGGAAAUCAGAUAAGGCUAGGGAAGAGGAGAAGAAGAUUAGAAGGAGAAUUGAAGCUUUCCGAACUGAAUUGUGUCGAGGUUUCUUUAAAUGGGGGCAUUGCUCUUUUGGUGAUAAUUGUCGAUUUGCACAUUGUGAAGAGGAAUUACGUAGUAAACAGUUACAUCCAAAUUAUAAAACAACUCUGUGUCGAAAUUACGCACAAAAUAGUUAUUGCAUUUAUGGUGCUAAGUGUCAAUUUAUUCAUCGAGAUCCACCAACUUCAAGCAAUCCUUCGUCUACUCCUUCACUUUUUAUGAAUUCUGCGUUUGAUUUUGGAGUUAAUGGUGGACAUUCAAAUUUUCAGUCCUUACAUCGUACAAAUGCUUUUAAUGUUCAACAACGGAACAACGAUUAUUUUGACGUAUCUUUGAUUUAUUUUUAAAAUAAGGAUUUUUUGGCUACUUUGAACGGCCAUAACUCGGCCCAAACUAAUUUUGCAAGAAAACCCGCACACAACAAUAGUAAAUCGAGGGUCCUCUAUCGAAUGAUACCAAAAAAUAUAUCAAAUUCGCAGU